UGUUGGGAGGGCCGUUGAUAUUCUAGGUUUGCCUGCAACAGUUACGAACAAUAACGUUCUAACACACAACACCAUAUAUACACUAAUAAGUAUACUACUAGUAGUAGAUACCUCCGGGCCGACAAUGGUCCUCAAGGGGUUCAAUGAAUGGCGCUGCCGUAGUCAAGAGUCCGUGUAACUUGUGCACACCAUAUAGCGUUGACCGUAUAUCAUCCACAACAUACCAAUUAAACCAUAUUGGUCUCACCAAAUCACCCCUUGAGCAGUCAAACCCCCGAACGCCAUGGACAUCUGGGCGCUGUGCUCGUGGGCCGGCCUGCUCUCCCUCGCCAGCCUCAUCUACCGCGUCGCCAGCUUCGUCUCGCCCUUCCUCCGGCCAUCGCGGCUUGACCGCUACCUCCACGACACAGACGGCAAGCCGCCAUGGGCCCUGGUCACGGGUGCCUCGGACGGCAUCGGGAAGCAGUUCUGCCACCAGCUGGCCGCCCGCGGCUUCAACGUCGUGCUGCACGGCCGCAACCCCUCCAAGCUGGGCCGGGUCGUGGACGAGCUGGCCGGGGCCUUCCCCCAGCGCCAGUUCCGAUCCGUCAUCGCCGACGGCUCCGAGAUAGCCUGCAGCAGCUGUCGUCGUCCUGCGGGGGCCAGCAGUCCGGGUGGUCGUCACCAGGCUCACCAGGCUCACCAGGCCGUCGACUUUGAGGCCAUCGCCGCCUCGCUGGCAGACAUCAACCUCACGGUGCUCAUCAACAACGCCGGCGGCGGCGUGGUCAACCCCGUCUACCAGUUCAUCCAGGACUGCCCCGACGCCCGCCUGGUCGGCAACAUCAACCUCAACGCCGUCUUCCCGCUGCUGAUGCAGGCCCGCCUCGUGCCCCAGCUCCUGCGCAACGGGCCCUCGCUCAUCAUCAACAUCGGCUCCCUGUCCGACAUGGGCAUGCCCAUGCUCGGCUCGUACGCCUCGAGCAAGAAGUUUGCCGACACCGCCUCGCGCAUCCUCCACCGCGAGCUGGUCCUCCAGGGCCGCCACCGCGACCUCGAGGUCCUGUUCGUGCGCGUCGGCGAGGUCACCGCCACCGCCUACAACUCCCACCCCGUCUCCCUGUUCGAGCCCGACGCCGCCACCAUGGCCCGUGCCGCCCUGGCCCGCGUCGGCUGCGGCCGCCCCAACAUCGUCGGCUACUUCCCCCACGCCCUGCAGCAGGCCGCGAUGGACCUGGCCCCGGCCUGGGCCUACGAGAAGUCCCUGCUGGAUGUCAUCAGGGACCGCUGGGCACAGGACCAGGAGAUGAUGGCCAAGGCCAAGAGAGCCUGAGGGGGGGGAGGGGGUGGUUAAAAGGGUUUGUGUGCGUGUGUGUAUGAGU